UGAUUAAUGAAAUACAAUAGAGACAUGAUUUCUCUCCCAAAGAUAAAAAUCUCUCUUUUUAUCUUAUUCUAUAAAUAUAGAAAUUGGGACUACCUUAUAUGUUUAAGAUAUUUAUAAGCUUGACAAAUUAGAUAUUCAUGUUGACGGAAUAUUGAUACAUUAUUUGAAGGUCUGAUAAGAUUGAAACAACGUCUUUACAAAUUGAUACACAAUAUACAAUCAUUAAGGUAUAAUUGACGCAUACCAAGGUGUAUUCAAUAGAUUAGACCAACCAAAAGAUACCUGUGAAAACAUUACAAAUCCUGAGUUAUUUCUGGUGUCAAAUAAUGGAGGACUAUUUCUGGAUUACAGUUCCUAAGAAGCUAAAAGAAUUUCGACUUCGAUUUAACGUAUACGAUCAAGAUGACGAUGGUAUUAUAACUGUUAAUGAACUUCUAACAGUUCUGAGGGAGAUGGGACAAAAUGUGACCAAAGCUGACCUUAAAGAAAUGAUGCGAGCUGUGGAACUGGGCAGUAAACAUGAUAUACAUUUCGACGAGUUUCUGAUGAUGGUAGCAAACAAAGAGGCAUGUGAAGAGAAUGUACAAGAAGUGAAAGAAGCUUUCAAGGUUUUCGACAAUGGUAAAGGUUAUAUAAGUGUACGAGACCUUAGGACCAUCAUGCUCAGCAUGGGAGAGCGUCUGACAGACGAGGAAGUGGAUGAAAUGAUACAAGAGGCCACUGUUAAAGACGGGAAUAUUAAAAUAUCUGGUAAAUAUAUAUUUCAUAACAGUUUUGUGUCGGUAACAGAAAAUGAAAAGACGCAAUAUUAAUUACUUCCAUGCAUCAUCGACUUGUUAACGUUGUACACGCAGUUGUUUCGUGUAUUGAAGGCUAACAUGUUAUCGCUAUAGACACGAAUGUUAUGUUUGCAGAUUCAUUCUCUCUGCAAUUAGUAAAUUACAAUGAAGACAUGUUAUCGCUAUAUAAACGUUAUGUGACACAAAUGUUAUGUUUGCAGAUUCAUUCUCUGUGCAGUUAGUAAAUUACAAUGAAAACAUGCUAUCGCAAUAUAAACGUUAUGUGACAAGAAUGGUAUGUUUGCAGAUUCAUUCUCUAUGAAGGUAGAUUCUAGUAAAUUACAAUGAGAACAUGUUUUUGCUAUAUAAACUUUAUAUGACACGAAUCGUUUGUACGCAAAAUCAGUCUCUGUGCAGGUAGUAAAUUACAAUGCGAACUACGAUAGGGCAGUGUCAAGUGUGAACAAUCAUGCAGCUUACCUUUUGCAUCAGCUGCUUCUGUCGGGACCAGAUAAAGGACACUGAGCCUCGCUACAUUAAAAUUAUUUUCGUUUGAUAAAAGUAUUUUCACGGGAGGGGAUCCAACAUAUGUAUUCCCAAAUGGGCACCGCUUAAAUUCAUAUGUUGUGCUUCCGGUAGUACAUAUGUGUUAAAAAUUUUGCAGAAAAACAGGUGAGAUUUUUAUUUGUGAUUGAAUUUUGCGGAAAUGACAUUGUUUUGCAAAAAAAUCGCGAUGCAGUGCAACCGAGUAUACAUUAACCAGCACGUAAGUGCAUUUACCUUACCUGUAUUUGUAGACAUGACAGAGAAAAACUUAUCCUCCGUGAUGCGGUAUGACUGAAAAUUAGCAACAUUUUUAUCAACAGAUGGAGAUAUGUUGUAAUUGCCCUGCGCUUGCUUAAAUUUUGCUCUCGAAACCUUCCAUAUGCAAAACCCCACCCAGAAAAAGAAAAUUAUGGUGAUCACUUUGCUAGAAAAAUGCUUUUGGGCGAAAAACCGAAUGGGAUACAUAUGUUGUGCAUGGGCUACAUAUGUGGUGCAUUAGACUUAAAUGGUACCUGGAUAAAGAAACGAACUGGAAAUACGUGCCAAGUAUAUGUCACAUUAUCCAAAAAUCAUAUACAUGUAUAUUAAAGGGAUAACAUAUUAGAAACGAGCACAGCUUUAAGCUUACAUAUGAUGUUGUAGAACAUUUCCACUAAGGAGUCAACGCAUCUCCUAAAUCCGAAGGGGUUUAUGUGUUGCUUAUGUGUGUUGACCUGUGAAUGUCGGAAAUGUGCAUAUAUAGUUUGGUGUAUAGCAUAUUAGCUGCCGAUAUGGUCUUCGUAAUAAUAUGUUAUUGAACCUAGUGAUCUUUUCGUGUUUGUUUUACUCGUUCGUGAGCGCCUCUAUAUAUAUCUUCGGCAGUAUUUUGCAUCGUUAACUGUGGAAAUUGUCUGUCUUUGAAUCAUGUACGUGAACUGAGUUAUAGAGCCAAAUAUCUGUGUUUCGGGCAACGGACUCAAAAAUAAAAUGUAAUAAAUACUUUUGGGUCUGGGAUUUCAAUUCAGGAGGUAAUUUUUGGUUUGCCCGAUACAGAACUAUUGGCCCGCUCGCUCCAGUACAUAAGAUAUUGUGGACCUGGCACUUACUUGUGUUGAACUACGCAGUAACUUCGCAAGCUAGACCUAUAUAGUUGGUGGCAAUAUAGGAGGGAGGAUAUAUUGCAAGGCACUCGGUCAAAAAUUGUGUGAUUAUAACUGAGCAUUGUCAUUAAAUUAUGAAAUAUGUCCUGGGCCAUUAAGUUACCUACCAGACGCAUGCAGCUAUGUUCUGAUUAUAUGACCGAGUACCUUGCAGUAUAUCCUCCCUCCUAUAUUUCCACAAAUUAUGAUAGGCCUAGAAUGUGGAGUUGCGGUAUACAUGUAACAACGUAGUUUUACACUAGUAAGUGCCAGGUCCACAAAUCACUGGCUGGGCCAGUAGUUCUGUAUCGGGCAAACCAAAAUACCUUCUGAAACACCCUGAUGGUAAAGUAUUUAUUAUAUUUUAUUUUUGAGUCCGUUGCUCGAGACAGAUAUUUUGCUCUAUAACUCAGUUCACGGACAGACAAUUUCCACAGUUAACGAUGCAAAAUA